GAACUGACGGACCGCGGCUUCAGCUUGAUUUGUUCAAGGCUAGACGGUCAGAGAACGUAUAGGUUCAAGGACUUCGGUGUUAGUGUGUGUGACUACUUAUUUUCCUGGUUGGAGUUUGUGAAGUAAAGUUCCAGUUCGUUAAGAAGCAGCUUGGUCUAGUGCUGUAUCGUGUUGAUUUAAAAUGGAUGUGUCCGGAAAGGUUUUCUUCAUCACUGGAGGGGCUCAGGGGUUAGGCAAAGCGUAUGCUGAGACGUUACUGGCCAAAGGAGCGAAGAUUUUUCUCGGCGAUGUGGACCCCAAGGCUGGAGCUGAAACUUUAGAAGAUUUCCAGAAACGUUUUGGGGAGCAAAAUGUCAAAUUCACAGCUUUUGAUGUAACAGAUCUUGGAAAAUUUGAAGCUGCCUUCCAAGAGGCUGUGUCCGCCUUUGGCCGUGUGGACGUCAUGGUAAACAACGCUGGUAUCAUGAACGAAGGUGUCUGGCAGAAAAUGAUCCAGAUUAACUAUACGGCCCUGGUCUGGGGCACAAAACUGGCCACUGAGCACAUGAGGAAAGAUAAAGGAGGAGCCGGAGGGAGAGUGAUUAACAUCAGCUCUGUAGUUGGUCUAAUUGAGUUCUCUUCCGCGCCGGUCUACUCGGGCACCAAACAUGCAGUGCGGGCUUUCACGUCGUCAAUGGCCACUCAGCCAAAAGUUGCCGAGCUUGGAGUCGAGUACGGCGUCCUGUGCCCCAAUGCAGCAGCUACUGAUCUGGUAUUGAAACUAGACGACUCAAAGGUCCACUUUUUGGACCAUAUUAAAGACGCUCUCGCAAGAACGACGAUGGAGAUACCGACUGUGGUUGAUGCCUUUAUGCAACUGGUCCAGCUGGAAAAUAUGAAUGGUGCUAUCCUGUGGGUGACAAAAGAGAAGACGCAGUUUACCAAGAUGAAAGCCGAAGAAGUUGAAAGUCCACCGUCUUAAGGCACUGACCAAGACUUUCGUGCUGGACGUGUAGUAUGCUACAUUUGUAUGCAGCCUCCAAUAGAUUCCUCAAGUGUCCUGUUUAUGUUCCAAUUAUAUACUUUACAGUAGAUGUACUCAGCGAAUUAUCCAAUGUUAUGCUUUACAGUACUCAGCAAAUUAAUGAGUUUGUAAACUCAAAGAAAUCUGUCCCAUCUUUUUCCUUUUGCUCACGUCUCCAUUACGUUAUUACAAUUUUCUAAAAAGUG